UACAUACAUACAUACAUACACACAUACAUUGGUGAAACUAAACAGCUAUAUUUGUUGCAUCUGUAUUCACUUUGCUAAAUGUGGUAAUAAACCUCUUAGUAAUUUAUUUCCAGAGCAGGGAUAAUGCCAGGCCAGAUUAACUAUUUAAGUUGAGACAUAAAAUCUGCACUAUCCAGUUAGCUGCACGCUAUCAAUGGAUGGGAAUCUAGUAUUUUUAGGUUAGAGCAGUAGUUCUCAAGCAUUUCACACUGUAGACCACUAAUAUGUCAGGCAAUAAAGUGUACAAGUUACUAAAUACAGCUGACAUUAAAGGGAACCUGUUAUGUAAAUUAGGAUAGAUCCAUGGGUUGAUAGGUAACAGGGAAGUGCCGACCGAUUGUGAGUUAAUAAUCAGCGGAUUUUUGAAACGGCUUGUUUUCUUGGUGUUUGAAAACAGCUUCUAUUAUUUCUAGGAGCUGUAGAAUUAACCUUGAACAAAACGAUGAAAGAGGAGAAGCACAGUGCUUAGUUUCUGAAUUACAGACUGGAACUGAGCUUUGUAAACCCGUUAAAGCACAAAGUUAGCCUUGAUUUGCUUUCUUCUGUCGGAGGUGUGAAACACACAUAGGUGUAGCCUCACCUAUUUUACUGAGACACAAGUCCUGGGAAAUGUUUCUGGUCCCCAGUGUCAAACAACAAAAGUGCCUAAAGAUUCAUAUUAAAGGAAUACAAGAACAUCAAAAGAUUAAGAAGAAUAAGGAAAGACUAAAGAGAGCCAAAGUACAACCAGUGAUAAAAAAUUUGAGAACUGGGGUGUGGGGCGAUCUGCUUUCAUGUUGAAUAAAUUAUUUAUUGAUGUUUUUUUAAUCUGUGCUGUCCAGACACGGAGUGCUAUGAAGAGCAGCUCCAGAGCGACGCUCAGUUUCUGUGCUCUAACCAGAGGAUGGACACUGAACUGGUAGACAGUCUGGUGCUGCAACUCAACAGGAUCUACCCCCAGAUACUCAGUGACAAGGAAGCCUGCAAGUUCAGAAGCCUGAGAGUCCCCACUACAGAGCGGCUACGUGAGCUGCUGCAGUACCUGCAUGAGAAAGGAGACGAUGCAUGCUAUGAGUUCUACAGAGCACUUCACAUCCAAGCGGAGGACAUUUACUUCAGUCUGCCCACUAGAAUUAGACAAAGAGAGAUGACUGACUCAAGAAGUGCAAUCAAUGUGGCUGUCAUCCCAGAGCGAUAUGUGCUUAACGACAGAGGACCAAUUUUCUUUCUGAGUUGUUUCAGCGUUGCAGUUGGCAUUGCAUUUCUCUAUUAUUACGGAGAGGGUCAGAGACUCAGAUGCACGGAAGCAUUCCUUCACUGCUCUGCGGUGAGACUUGGUAAAGACGCCAAGGACGUGUUCGUUUCCUAUGUGGAGGUCGGGAAGUAGAAAUAGCAAGACUGAAAUAUUUCAAAAGAACAAGUUGUGCUACUUUACUCUACUGUGCCAAAUCAGUUUUACAUCUCCCUCUGUAGAGAACUUUUGCGUCGUUUCUGCAUGUAUUCGUAUUAAAAAAAAGACACUGAAUUUCCCCCAAAAGCCCAGCUAUCACCAAACUGGAUGUUACAUUAAUUAGUGAGGUGGCUGUGCAGUUCUUGAUAUUGACAGCACAUUGAUUAACACUGAUAAUAUUGACUUUAGCUGAUAUAUGGCUGCUAUUCUCUGAAAUUAUUUGCUUUGGUUUUCAACAGAAAACAAAAGGUCAACCUUUGAUCAAUGGAUGUUUUUUUCUAUCUCUGUUUGACUCUUGGUCUUAUCAUAUGCAUCUUUGUUCUGCUCAUUGCCUAUGUCCAGUGUUAUGGUGCUCCUAUUGUCUUAGUAUAGAAAACUGUUUCAGGGAGAAACUUUGUAAUUUACUUGAGACGCAACAAUAAGCCAAUAUUACCUUUGACUUGAUCAGAGAUCAGCAGGUUAAGUAGCUGAGGGAAAAAAAGCCUGUUUAUUAAAAUCAUCAAAUCUAAGAACUUUCACAAUUUCCUGGAUCGCAUCAACCAACAGCAUGUACCUUGAUAAUUUUUUUAAUUUUUUUAAAAUAAAAAUUAGAGGUUGAGGACAUGUCAUUCAAAACUACUACUAGCCUGCAGCACAUCUAUAGUUUCUUUGUUAUUGUCCCAGGAUCAGAUCAGAUUCAGCAUAUCAGACCUCAAAGAAAAUCAGAUAUUGGCCAGGAAAUGAACGAUUGCUGCAUCUCUAGGUCUUGUAAAAGACUUUUAGAUUUCUUAUUUGUGCACAUCUGUUAAAUUGCCAUUUUUAGGUUAAACAUAGCAUAACCACAUCAACUUGCCGCUGCACAUCUUCAAAGCAGUUUUUAGUUCUUCUCACUCAAUAGUGCCAAACUAGAGUGCUCGUGAAGGGCUCUGCAACUUCAAGAGUUUUCCUUUCAGAUGUUACUUUCCAAUCUUAAAAGUUGAAGACACCCAUCCACCUCAUUGGGCAGGAGUUUGACACCCAUUCUGUAAUUUAUUUCAUUUAGGCUCAGACUACCAGAUUGUUUGGUUGAUUGUCAGUGUGAACAUGCUUUGCUUGAGUUGCACUAGUUUUUGUAGCACAUUUCUGUUAACAUUUCCUACAACACUUUUCCUUUAAUGCAGGAUUAGGGUUAGUUAAAACGGCACGUUUUCUUGAAUGCACAAUAUCUUACCUGUUAAUAGUAGUGCCUUCUAAUGAUGUUGGAACAUGUUUAAAAUUAGGAAAUAAAGUAAAAAGAAGCAGUACCAUUGAUUUUUAUUUAUUUAUUUAUUAGCAAUUACAUAACUGUCUCUGUACUGAGCCUAACACAAGUGUGGUACUUUAGGAGGCUACGGUUACACAUAUUUCCACUAGAGGGCGCUCCUUUGUCAUUCACAACCUUUUGUGAGACAAUGUUCUAGUCUUCCAUAUUGAUGACAGUAAAAAGCAGCAAACAGCGCUCAUAAAUUAAUAAUGACAGAGUGGGGGAGUAAAGUUAAGUUAAGUUAAUGUAAGGUAGCAUUAAAUACAUUCCCUUGCACGCACAAGAGAGUUUUGAGUGCAUGACACAAGCAUGUAAAGCUGGAUUUAAACAUUUGCAAAUAAAUUCUGCAGAAAUAUUGCUACUCCAGGGGUGUGGAAGGACCCACACACCUAUAAUCUUAAGAUAUUCUUUCUCUCUUUUCUGCAAAGGGAGAAAGAAACAGAAACAUAGCAGGGAAUCAUACUAAAUUAUUAGGAACUGUUGAGUAUAUUCAUUUUAAACAAUGACAUUGUUUUUUCUGGUUCACAAAAGUUACAACUUUUCACUGUUUAACAUCAUCCUGACUGUUAAUCUAUUAAACUGAUUGUUAAAAGUUUUCUGACCAAUAUGCCACUGUCAAGCACGAUGGUGGCAGAAUCGUCAUGAGGGUCUAUUUCUCUGCAAGCAGUGUUGAUGUGUUGCUUAAAAUGAAUAGUAGUUAUUUCAUUUUAAUUUCCUCUAUUGUUCACAGAGGGGGACAUUUGGUCUGUAGCCAGGAAUUUCAAACAUACAGAAAAGCUUCUAUGAACCACAAAUCUGGAACAAACUCCAUAAAACUGCAAAACAGCUGAAAUGCGGAGUUCCUUUAAAUCUAGCUCUAA